AUGAAUGUGGUCUUGUACAUGAACACAUUUAAUUCACUCUCAACUUUUUCGUGUAUAAACACCAAAUGUCAGUCAGUCCUCAAUCGAAUGCAAACAAAUCCGUUACUUUCCGACAAAUUUUCAUACGACACAACGUAUGAAAAGUCGUUGCGUCGUAUGAAUCAAUUAAAAAUUAAAAGUCCACAACGUAACAUAAUGGACUACUUAUCACGAAUAAUAAAAUUAUUUCCAAAUAUUCAAACAUUGUACCUCCCAUCUUAUAAAUGUAUAAUUCCACAGCUAUCUAAAUUCAACAUUUCGUUCAUUAAAGUGAAGUCGUUUUAUGAUGAAAAAGAUGUAAUACCAAAUGAAGGGUAUGAAGGCACCUAUAUUACAAGACAUGUGAGUUUUGUUUCAUUUGAGAAUUUUGGAACAACUUCCAGACGAUUUUUGAGAAACGCAAAAUAUUUCACGUCUUGUACUGAGAUAACAAUAACAGACGAUGUGUCAUUAACUAGAGAUGUAUAUGGCAACAAAAUCAAAAAAGAAAUAACAAAGGAAACACAAACAAAUAUUAAACAAAUGUGGGACGUUUUAGUGAACAAUCGGAGUGUGUUGUGGAGUUUUCGUAUUUUACGAAAAGUCCGAAUUAUUUUAAGAGACGAAACUCACAUUCAGAAAAUAAGCGAAUUUACAAAGGGAGCUCCAAAUCUUAAUUUUUGUUUUUAUAUUAAACACAUAAGUUCAAUAACUAACAAAGUAACAGAAGACGUUGUUAAACAACUUAAAAAGUGUGGAAAUGUCAUAUUUCGAACAAUAGAUGUUUUUCAAGAGUACAUUGAAUCAAAUAAUAUGUUACAACUGCCUGUCACAUUUGUGAACAUAUCAAAAACAAUUGAAAUAUCUGAGAAUUUGAUCUCCAAUCUUAUUGUGUUCAUUCAAAUGUAUGCGUUUGAGUUCGAUGAAGUUCGUCUGAGUAUAAAAGAACAUGAAGAAGUCGAUAUGUCACAAAUUGACUGCAAAAAGCUUGUUUUAGUCAAUGAUACUAAACGCAGAGUAACACUGAAAAUAUCACCAAAAACACGUGUUGUUGUAUGUGAUGAAAAUGACCAAUACGCACUUUGUUGCUCAAAAGAUGUCACAAUUACUCUUCAACAACACUUUGAGCCACAAUUUCUGGAUAAAGUGACCGAUCCGGAUUUUUUUGCAUAUUCAGAUAGCCAAGAUGAUGACUCUGAAAACUCUGAAAAUGGUAAUAUGGAAUAUGCGGACCCCAAAGUACUUGAACAUUUACAGUUUGUAAAGAAUGUGUUUAUUCAAAUGGAAGUCUUGGAAUUCAUUGAGAGUCCUAUUGACGCUUCACGUUGUUUUAAAGUUACUCAAAGACCUUCAAAUGUACCACAAACAAUUGACUAUCAAAAUUUCUUGAUGUUAAAAUAUAGCAGACAAAAGGAUAACCAAUACAUCCCAAGUAGAAAUUUGCAACUAUUGGUUAAUUGCUCAAUUAAUUUGAUUUCGCUGGAACUGGAAAAGAUCGGUGGUGAUAGUGUCACUACCAAACAAAAUGUCGAUUUAAGCAAAUUUCAAUUACAAGAACUUCAUUUGACAAGAUGCAAAAAUUGCAUCUUUCAUCUACCAAGUACAUUGACAAAACUUUCAUUAUAUGAUGUGUGUGAUUCGUGUUACAGUAGUAAGGAGACUAUCUACCUCAAGUCGUUUUCAAUGAAUUUUGUGGAGGAUUAUCAUUUAGACUCAAAAUAUCUUUAUAACAAUCAGAACAUAGUGAUUGACUACCCAAUUCAAUUAGACGAAUGUGAGGUAUACCCUGACGAAAAUAUUUACAACAACACAACUAACAAUUAUUUAUUAUUAUUUAUUAUUAUUAUUAUUUACAUCAACACCAAUGGGAUGUAA